CAGAAUCUGGCGCGGGGUGUGUAGCCGCGCAAUGACGCAUAUUGUAAGGAAUUCCACUGCGGCUAUAAAACACUUGGAGCGCUUACUUACCUGCCAUCAGUGACUUUCACACUACAGGAAGACUGUUGAAGUUAACAUGGGCACAGAGUCAGAAGAUAUACCCGUCAAAGAGGGUUUUUUGGUGAAAAGGGGUCAUGUGGUUCAUAACUGGAGAGUUCGUUGGUUUGUGCUUAAGCUUGACAGACUUGUGUAUUAUAAAUAUGAGAGUGGCAAACGAGAUUCUUGCCAUCGAGGGACGAUACCCCUAAACAACUGCAAAAUCAUCUGUCCUUACCUGGAGUACGAGAACAGGCCGCUGGUGCUGAAGUUGCAGACCAACACUUCAGAAGAGCACUUCCUUGAGGCUUGCACGAGGGAAGAGCGUGAUGAGUGGGCUACAGCAAUUGGUGCAGCAGUAAAAAAUCUCAACCCAAAAGAUGCUCAGACCCCGUCCCCAUCUCAAAAUAAAAGUCCCAAAUCUCUCCAGCUUCACAAUGUCAACCUCAGUCAGGUGGUGGACUCCAUGUAUGAUGUGCACACUGGUAUUCGGCUGUGCAGUCAUGUUGAGCAGGGCAGCUCUUACACCAACUGUUUCUCAGGCUCAGCAGUGGUGGAUUGGCUGGUUUUUAACAAGCUGGCUCUGACCCGUGUGGAGGCGGUAACAUUAGCCUCCACGCUCCUUGACGAGGGCUCCUUGCGGCCCAUUGGGGUAAGGAGCGCAGAUGCUCUCCGCAAUGCAGCUCUAGGAGAGCAGUUCCUUGAUGACUCCACUGCACUCUACAGCAUUUCUCAGAGCUUCCAGAAGCGAGGUAGUGUGAAAGCGGAGAAGUCUCUGACUGCGGCGGAGCUCAGUGGCAAGGUGGUAAAGAGGGGAUACCUGCUCAAACAGGGGCACAAGGUGAAGAACUGGAAGGUGAGAUUGUUUGUACUGAGGGCGGAGCCUGGCUUUCUGCACUACUAUGACCCCAGCAAGGAUGACAUCAUUCCAGUUGGCGGGAUAUCUCUGCGUGGCUGUUUGGUGUCUGCCCUGGAUGAUAACGGCAUUCCAACAGGUGUUAAAGGUAAAGUGCAGGGGAACCUCUUUAAAAUUAUCACUCAGAUGGAUACGCACUAUUACAUUCAGGCCCCAACACAUAAGGAGAGGAUGGACUGGAUCCAAGCUAUUAAACUAGUGACUUGAAAGAAACUGCACAUUUAAAAAUCUUAUGUUUUCUUAAUUGCAAACUGUACACUGUUGUUUUUACAAAACAUUCUGGCAGCUGUGGUUUCCAGAAUAAUUAUGUAAAAAAUACAGUUAAAAUGUAAACCACUUUACAGAACAACCUGUACAUUUUACAGUUUAAAAUGGUUGUAAUUAACAUGGUGGCACUGUAAAAAAAAAAUAUAUAUAUAUUUUGUUACAUUUACAGUAAUAAAAAUUCAUAAACAUGCCUUGUGAAACUGUAGAAAUCUGUUGUUUACUUUAUAAGGUAUUUGUUAAUAACCGUAGUAACUACAGAAGUGCACAUGAAGACAUGAAGUUCAUCAGUAGUGGCUUUUCUUCAAGCGAUGACCAAUAAUUAUGUAGAGACAGUGCUCAGUGUCACUCACACAUACACUAAACACCAUCAGGGUAACACAUGUGAAAUUUAAAUAAUGCAGUAAACAUUAACUAAAUUACAUCAAAUAUAAAACAGAACACCCCAGUGUACGUAACUGAUAUUAAAAAUAAGAUUAAACAUAACUAUUCCCAAAUAUAAUGAAAUGUAAUGGGUCAUGCAGGGAAUUGUGGGAAUGCCUGAUUACUGUUUUUUUUUUUACUGUAAUUUUAACAAUAAUUUACUGUAAAAAAAGUACAUGUACUCUCUUGUUCUUUUUUUACCAUUAAUUAUACAGGAAAAUCUUACUUUUUACAUUUAAAUAAUUAAAUUUUUUACAUACAUUUAUUGUAAAAACUACUGUAUUGUCUUUUAAAAUAUAUUAAAUAUUUUACUGUAUAUUUUACAGUUAAUAUUUUUUAAUCAAUUAACAUUUUAUUUCUGUAGCAUUUUUACAGUGUACCAUUAAUUAGUUCUCUCAUCUCAUAAUUUACUCACCGUGAUGCCAUCAGAGAUGUGUAUGAUUUUCUUUCUUCUGCAGAACACAAACUAAUAUUUUCAGAAGAAUAUCUCCGCUCCGUAGGUCCAGAUGAGGCAAAUGAAUGGUGACCAAAACUUUGACCCUCCAAAAAGCACUUAAAGGCAGCAUAAAAUGAAUCCAUAUGACUCCAGUGGUUUAAAAUAUAAUUUUCUGAAGUGAUCCAAUUGGUUUUUGGGUCAGAACAGACCAAAAUAUAAUGAAUUCAGAAUGUGGAAGUGAAAGGUUUAUAGUAAAAAGGAUUAAAUAUUAAUCUGCUUCUCACCGCUAUAGAAGACAUUAACCACUAGAUUUGUGUGGAUUACAUUUAUGUGGACAUUAUGUGCUUUUUGGAGUAUCACAUUUCUGGUCACUGUUCACUUGCAUUUUAUGGACCUACAGAGCUGAGAUAUUCUUCUAAAAAUCAUAAACAAGAAGAAAGUCAUACACAUCUGGGAUGGCAUAAGUAAAUGAUGAGGAAAUUUAAAUUUUUUCAUAUCCCUUUAAGGGUUUUCAAUUAAGGCUAGUUUUCUCAGUGCAGAUGAAGCCUUAUCCUAGUCAGCAAUUAUAUGUUCAUAUAGAAUACAAUUUAAAAAUGAGAUCAGCCUUUUCCUUUGUAAUGUUGGGUUGUAUGUCCCUGUCUCUAAGUGCUGAAGGUUACCUUUGAGUGACCUAUGUUUGAUCUAUUAGAAUAUACAGGUGGAAAUUUUCUGUUUAUACAUUCAGUGAAUGUAACUGUGAAAGAGAUAACGUUGUUUUCAGUGUAUUGUAAAUUUUUUUCUUUUGUUAUGUUACAUUUGUACAAUAAAGGUUUUAUUUAAA